GUAUAUAAUAACACCCGGUUUCAUUAAUCUAAUGCCCUAUAGCUAUCAACGAGAAAGAGUCAAGUUGGCUACUACUGGUAUGUAUAUAGGAAAUAUCCUCGCUCAAGAGGGUAUAAGAAGACUCGGAUAGGAAACCAUAAAUGAAAAGAGCGACUCGGCCAAGAUACUAGGGGCCUCAUCCAAGCGAACGCAAAAUUAUAAACCCAUGGCUCGCCAUCGCCUAGAUCAUCCUAGGGUACUAAGUUUCCCUUCGUAGUCUAGCGUACGGUCCUACUCGGAGCGUCCCAGGUAGGCUGUAGCUGAUAUACCGCGUUACAGCCAUGCAUUUCUAUUCUUUUGCUUGUACGGGCCGGCGAUCUUUUCGCAAUUUGUCUAGGAGUUGCGGCACGCCAGACGAGUAUCCGCAUUGAACUCCCCUGCCAUAGAUCCAAGCAUCUGCAAACUGGGCUUGCGAUGGGGGUCGUGCUCUGAUGAUAUACAUAUUCCCCGGCGCCACUCAGCUGAUCGGAAUCCGUCCCUUCGGGAUCUUGCUACCACUCUACUUCCCCAAACUUUAUGUUCAACAUCGCCUCGGUCCCUGAGGCAAACAGGUCAAAAUGGCGGCGGCACAGGAUACAUUAGGGCCCAUGAUGAAUGCUGUCAAUUGGACAUUGACAGCAUUGGCGGGGACGUUUCUUGGUCUACGAAUGUAUUGCAAGUUCAGUCGUCACAGGGGGUUGUGGUGGGACGAUCACAUCUUAAUAUUCGCUUGGGCAUGUCUCAUCGUCGCUGUCGGGUUCAUCACCAGCUCGAUUUCAUUAGGAUUUACCAGCCCGGCAGGGCCUCAAUCCCCUGAGGCUGCCCUUCGACUUCAAAUCCACGGAGGUGUACAGAAUGUGUUUUUCGGAUUGGCCACGGUUAUGAGCAAGACCUCAUUCGGAUUUACGCUAAUGAGAGUCACUGAGGGCCGCAUGAGAAUGUUUGUCCUGUUUCUCACCGUCACCAUGAACAUAGCCGUGUUUCUAUACAUUAUAUUCACCUUCUUCAAAUGCAAGCCGGAAGUAUACUCUUGGAUAAAAGGGCCUGGUUGCUGGAGCACCGAGAAAUAUAUUCACUAUGCUAUAUUCGCUGGCGGCUACUCCGCCUUCGUGGAUUUUUCCUUUGCGAUUAUCCCUUGGUUUUUAAUCAUGAAUCUUCAAAUGAGAACAAGAGAGCGUUUCGGCGUUGCAAUUGCUAUGAGCUGCGGUGUAAUUGCUGGAAUAACCGCCGUUGUGCGAUGUAUCUAUCUACCGCUCCUCACUCUAGGGACAUUCUCGACUCAAGGAACAACACUGGUUAUAUGGUACGUGGCUGAAUCAUCGGCCACCAUCGUCGCAGCAUCGAUCCCCGUUUUACGAGCCUUGAUCAAAGAAAUGUCCUCGUCCAUGGAACGUUACAACCACAGCACUGGCAAUAAAUCGGGCCUAAAGAGUCAUACGAAAGGCACCCCGAGGGGUCUACAUGCUAGCAAUGUCGUAACGACAGUUAUCAGUUCCCGGAGGGACCCGCAUGAUCCCCACGGCGACGCGAGUAGCGAUAAAAGUAUUCUCGAUGGAGCACACGCACCAGGAAAAUCCUCUGAGGCGAGGGGAGGGAUUGUACAAACUCAAGAAGUCAGGUUGAGUUAUCACGACCGCAGCGACAACGACAGCGAACAAGGAUACGAGAUGGAAUCUAUGGGAAGGAAAUCGCCUUAAUUUAUGAUACCCGCAAUAGCCAUGUCUGGCAGGACUUGACAGCUCUGCUGAGUUUAUGUAUAAGAUAUAGGUAGUACG